CGAUAGGUAUUGGGGAAAAACACAAAGAGAGGGUAGAUCCAAAUGCAGGUAAGGGUUUUAUUUAAACAGAGGGGUAAAUACAAAAUAAACAGUCAUGAGAGACAAAUCAAACAAAAAGGGAACCGGAUGAAACGGGGAACUCGGAAGAACGGAAAGGUAGAGGAAGUCUGGUGGAACGAGAGAAUGAGACACAUAGGGUAAGACAAAGCAAGACUGAUGGACCUGAAACACAAUGACAUCAGACUUCCUCUACCUUUCCGUUCUUCCGAGUUCCCCGUUUCAUCCGGUUCCCUUUUUGUUUGAUUUGUCUCUCAUGACUGUUUAUUUUGUAUUUACCCCUCUGUUUAAAUAAAACCCUUACCUGCAUUUGGAUCUACCCUCUCUUUGUGUUUUUCCCCAAUACCUAUCGUGACAGAAGGACUCCGUCAUGCCUAGAUCCAGCGGUGUGGGAUUUCGAAUCGGUUCCCCAGCCACCAUGGAGGAACGGAGGGGGAGAUACCAGAACUUAAUCACCCUUCAUCAAGAGGGAAGUGAGGUGGGUGGCCUGGCGCAAUUGUUUUGGACUAUGGCAGUCGGGCUAGGUUACAAUGAUGCAGCACUAAAGGAUUUAUUUAAUAAUUGCCUGGAUGAUCCUUUACCUUCAUGGGAGAUGAAGGGGUUAGAGAUACUGGACUUUUGGGGGUUUACCAAUUACCUGCACCAUCGUGCCCAGUGGGAUGCAACAACCACACCAGAGUGUCCAGACAAGGCUGCCAGCUCAGCCCCACAGCACAAGAUGGGCGCCAGCCCAACCCCACAGCACAGGAUGGCCGCCAACCCAGCCCCACAACCCAAGAUGGCCACCAGCCCAGCCCCACAGCCCAAGAUGGCCGCCAACCUAGCGUCACAGCCCAAGAUGGCCGCCAGCCCAGCACCACAGCACAAGAUGGCCGACUCAACGCCACCGACUCCCCAUCGUAGAGGACGGAGGAGGAGACAGGCAGCUGCUGUUCCCGAGGCGGAGCCCGAGGCAGUUCCCGAGGCGGUGCCCGAUGCAGUUCCCGAGGCGGUGCCCGAUGCAGUUCCCGAUGCAGUUCCCGAGGCGGUACCCGAUGCGGUUCCCGAGGCGGUGCCCGAUGCUGUUUCCGAGGCGGAGCCCGAUGCAGUUCCCGAGGCGGUGCCCGAUGCAGUUCCCGAGGCGGUGCCCGAUGCUGUUUCCGAGGCGGUGCCCGAUGCAGUUCCCGAGGCGGUGCCCGAUGCAGUUCCCGAGGCGAAGCCCGAUGCAGUUCCCGAUGCAGUUCCCGAGGCGGUGCCCGAUGCUGUUUCCGAGGCGGUGCCCUAUGCAGUUCCCGAGGCGGAGCCCGAUGCAGUUCCCGAGGCGGUGCUCGAUGCAGUUCCCGAGGCGGUGCUCGAUGCAGUUUCCGAGGCGGUGCCCGAUGCAGUUUCCGAGGCGGUGCUCGAUGCAGUUCCCGAGGCGGUGCCCGAUGCAGUUUCCGAGGCGGUGCCCGAUGCAGUUCCCGAGGCGGUGCCCGAUGCUGUUCCCGAGGCGGAGCCCGAUGCUGUUCCCGAGGCGGAGCCCGAUGCAGUUCCCGAGGCGGUGCCCGAUGCUGUUCCCGAGGCCGAGGUCGUUCCCGAGGCGGUGCCCGAUGCAGUUCCCGAGGCGGAGCCCGAUGCAGUUCCCGAGGCGGAGCCCGAUGCAGUUCCCGAGGCGGUGCCCGAUGCUGUUUCCGAGGCGGUGCCCGAUGCAGUUCCCGAGGCGGAGCCCGAUGCAGUUCCCGAGGCGGUGCCCGAUGCAGUUCCCGAGGCGAAGCCCGAUGCAGUUCCCGAGGCGAAGCCCGAUGCAGUUCCCGAUGCUGUUUCCGAGGCGGUGCCCGAUGCAGUUCCCGAGGCGGAGCCCGAUGCAGUUCCCGAGGCGGUGCCCGAUGCAGUUCCCGAGGCGGUGCUCGAUGCAGUUCCCGAGGCGGUGCUCGAUGCAGUUUCCGAGGCGGUGCCCGAUGCAGUUCCCGAGGCGGUGCCCGAUGCUGUUCCCGAGGCGGAGCCCGAUGCUGUUCCCGAGGCGGAGCCCGAUGCAGUUCCCGAGGCGGUGCCCGAUGCUGUUCCCGAGGCCGAGGUCGUUCCCGAGGUGGUGCCCGAUGCUGUUCCCGAGGCGAAGCCCGAUGCAGUUCCCGAGGCGGUGCCCGAUGCUGUUCCCGAGGCGGUGCCCGAUGCUGUUUCCGAGGCGGUGCCCGAUGCAGUUCCCGAGGCGGAGCCCGAUGCAGUUCCCGAGGCGGAGCCCGAUGCAGUUCCCGAGGCGGUGCCCGAUGCUGUUUCCGAGGCGGUGCCCGAUGCAGUUCCCGAGGCGGAGCCCGAUGCAGUUCCCGAGGCGAAGCCUGAUGCAGUUCCCGAUGCAGUUCCCGAGGCGGUGCCCGAUGCUGUUUCCAAGGCGGUGCCCUAUGCAGUUCCCGAGGCGGAGCCCGAUGCAGUUCCCGAGGCGGUGCUCGAUGCAGUUCCCGAGGCGGUGCUCGAUGCAGUUCCCGAGGCGGUGCCCGAUGCAGUUCCCGAGGCGGUGCCCGAUGCAGUUCCCGAGGCGGUGCCCGAGGCGGAGCCCGAUGCUGUUCCCGAGGCGGAGCCCGAUGCUGUUCCCGAGGCGGAGCCCGAUGCAGUUCCCGAGGCGGUGCCCGAUGCUGUUCCCGAGGCGGUGCCCGAUGCUGUUUCCGAGGCGGUGCCCGAUGCAGUUCCCGAGGCGGAGCCCGAUGCAGUUCCCGAGGCGGAGCCCGAUGCUGUUCCCGAGGCGGUGCCCGAUGCUGUUCCCGAGGCGGAGCCCGAUGCUGUUUCCGAGGCGGAGCCCGAUGCAGUUCCCGAGGCGGAGCCCGAUGCAGUUCCCGAGGCGGAGCCCGAUGCAGUUCCCGAGGCGGUGCCCGAUGCAGUUCCCGAGGCGGUGCCCGAUGCUGUUUCCGAGGCGGUGCCCGAUGCAGUUCCCGAGGCGGUGCCCGAUGCAGUUCCCGAGGCGAAGCCCGAUGCAGUUCCCGAUGCAGUUCCCGAGGCGGUGCCCGAUGCAGUUCCCGAGGCGGAGCCCGAUGCAGUUCCCGAGGCGGUGCUCGAUGCAGUUCCCGAGGCGGUGCUCGAUGCAGUUCCCGAGGCGGUGCCCGAUGCAGUUCCCGAGGCGGAGCCCGAUGCUGUUCCCGAGGCGGAGCCCGAUGCUGUUCCCGAGGCGGAGCCCGAUGCAGUUCCCGAGGCGGUGCCCGAUGCUGUUCCCGAGGCCGAGGUCGUUCCCGAGGCGGUGCCCGAUGCAGUUCCCGAGGCGGAGCCCGAUGCAGUUCCCGAGGCGGAGCCCGAUGCUGUUCCCGAGGCGGUGCCCGAUGCUGUUCCCGAGGCGGUGCCCGAUGCUGUUCCCGAGGCGGUGCCCGAGGUUGUUCCCGAGGCGGUGCCCGAUGUUGUUCCCGAGGCGGUGUCCGUUACAGUUCCCGAGGCGGUGACCACAAGGCCGUGGUGGUCUUCGGCUCCGCCCUGGGAGACUCUGGCGGUGACCACGAGGACGUGGUGGUCAUCCGCUCCGCCCUGGGGGACUCUGGCGGUGACCACGAGGACGUGGUGGUCGUCCGCUCCACCCUGGGGGACUCUGGUGAUGACCAUGAGGACGUGGUGGUCUUCUGCUCCGACCUGGCGGACUCCGGCCUCGACCACAGAGACGUGGUGGUCUUCCGCUCCGCCCUGGAGGGCUCUGGCCUUGACCACACGGCUGUGGUGGUCAUCUGCUCCGUCCUAGUGGACGCCUCAACAUGUCCUUCAUGGACUUAUGUUUUGUGUUUUUUGAGUUCUGUUUCUGUCUGUUCUCUUUAGUUUAGUCUGGCCCUCCGUCCCUCCCCCUGUACCUCCUCCGGUCCUCCUCCCUCCUGAUCUCCCGGUUUUAUGUAUCAUUUCUGGUGUUUGUCCCCCAUGUGUUCCUUUUCUGGCCCUCCGUCCCUCCCCCUGAGCCUCCACCUGUCCGCCUCCCUCCUGGUCUCUGUGUCAUGUUUUGUCUUUAAGCGUCUGGUAGCCGCUCCGUAGAGGGGGGGUACUGUCACAGUGUCUGGGUUGUUGUUCCCCGGGGUUCCACUAGAUGUCCUCCUUCUCACGGUGCCUGUCCCAGAUCACUUCCUGUUCCCUUAUAUGGUCACCUUCCUCCUUGUUACCUGAUUGAUUGUUCACCCCACCUGUCUCCUGUUUCCCAAUUAUCCUUCUGUGUAUAAAUACCCAGUCUGUCUUAGU